AUGCUCAUGUCCGGUCCUGAGUACCUAGGAACGACCGUGCUGGUCUUCGCCUGGUUUCUUGCUGCUGUCGCUAUCGGUAUCGUUGGUACCAGAUUAUAUGUCCGGUGGAGAAUCGUCGAGAAAUAUACUGUUGAUGAUGGACUCAUUUUGAUCGCACUUGUGAGUCUGACAGGAAUCCUUUUGAAGACUCGAAACGGCACAGAGCUCUCGAAAGAGCAAAUCAAGUAUACGGUGAAAUGGGUAUAUCUCUGCGAGUUUUUCUCCAUCAUGUCGCCUGGAGUAAGCCGCAUCGCCUAUGCAUCCUUGUUGUUGGGCAUUCUCCCUCCGAUAAAGUGGCGAAGUCGAAUACUCUGGACAUUAAUAUGGAUUCAAUUUGUGGUCGACGUUGGGACGGUGAUAAUCAGCUUUGUCCAGUGCCGGCCAAUAAACAAGUUUUGGGAUUCAAGUGUCCCAGGCCACUGCUGGGCACCAACUGUGCAGCAAUAUGUAGGCUUCUUCCAGGGCAUUGACCUGGUUCUCGCGGUAUUUCCAGCCAGCCUAUUGUGGAAUUUAAAUAUGGAGAUGAGAAAGAAGGUAUCACUUUCAUUAUUGAUGGGUCUCGGAAUCAUUUAUGUUGAUAAUGCUGACUGGAUAAUAUAUCGAAUUAAAAGUGCAAUGAUUGCAUCAAUUAUCAAAACCGUUCAACUGCAAGCGAUCACAGCAAAAGCGGACAUCACUUAUGCCAUGGCCCAUCUUGCUACGUGGUGGACCCUGGAAGCGUAUCUUGUCAUCAUCGCGACUUCGAUACCCACAUUGAGGCCGAUCAUGUCCACGAAUAGGCAAGGAGAUAAAUCAAAGAGGCCUAAUAUCAGUGACAGCCAUCAGGCUAGCUAUGUUCAUAGCAAGCAGUUCGAAAGCAGUGAUGAUCCAAAACUUCUAGACCGAAGCUGUGGCUCAAGGAAUAGUACCCCGAAUAAUGGCGAGGUCUAUCUUAUGGAAGAAGGCCUCAGGCAGGGUGGCUAUAGUUCGGAAGGGGUAGACGGAAUAAAGAAGGAGACGACGAUCGGUGUGACGUAUGAAACGGCUACCCGUAAAGAUCAGAGAGCCUCCAUGGGGGCUGGUUUUGAAUAG